ACCCCACGACCGCUACCUCCCUCCUUCGCUGCGUCUUUGUGCAUUUCGCUUCCUUUAGCAGCCAAAGCUCUUCCGAGAAUCUGCAAGGGGACCACGGCCAAGUGGAGGGGGAGGAUCCUCCCACGCCGGGGAGACCGAAGGGCAUCGCUCCCCGCGCCGCGCCCGCUGCUGAGCCCGGAGUGCGGACACCCCAGGGAUGUGAGUGCGCCCCCGACCCUGAGGCCCGCACUUCACGCCCCGAUUCGCGGCCUGCGCCCCAGAGGACCCCUGCCUGCAGCCCCCGCGCCUCUCUCAGGCCCUCUCAGAGCAUGCUGCCUGCAGCCAUGAAGAGCCUCGGCCUGGCACUGCUGGCCUUGCUGCUGUGCCCCUCGCCGGCCCAUGGCCUGUGGUGCCAGGACUGCACCCUGGCCAAUUCCAGCCAUUGCGCUCCGAAGCAAUGCCAGCCGACCGACACCGUUUGUGCCAGCGUGCGGAUCACCGACCCCAGCAGCAGUAAGUCUGGACCUGGCAGGAAGGAUCAUUCUGUGAACAAGAUGUGUGCUUCCUCCUGUGACUUCGUUAAGCGGCACUUUUUCUCAGACUAUCUGAUGGGGUUCAUUAACUCUGGGAUCUUAAAAGUCGACGUGGACUGCUGCGAGAAAGAUUUGUGCAACGGGGCAGCAGCAGUGGGACGCAGCCCCUGGGCCCUGGCUGGGGGGCUCCUGCUGAGCCUGGGGCCCGCUCUCCUCUGGGCUGGGCCCUGAGGCCCCUCCCUCCCUCCCUCCCUCCUGCAGGGCUUUGGAGCUUGUCCCCUGAGUCUCUUGCUGCCCCUCCCCAGCCUGGCCUGGCUAGGGCUGAGACAGCAAGGGCUUGGUAUCAAGGUCUGUUGCUCUCCACCUCCCUAGAUGUGAGCCUUCUCCAUUUCUCCGCCAGCUCCAUAUCCCAGGCAGCUGGACAUCUCCAGGAGACCAGACAUCCUGGCAGGAAGCUGGGGUGGGGGGGAGGGUGAGGGCAGGGGACUGGGACCCUCCAGGUCCCCAAGGGGAGGGAGGCUAAGCCAGGGGCAGCCCAACAGCCUGGCCUGAGGGGCAUUAACUACAGAGAAAUAAAGUCACUUCUGAGUCUUG